AAUCCAAUCAAUCUUAUUAGUAUUAUGGAGAGAUGGUCAACGCCUCGUUGUGCUUUUUGUUGUAGUGGUAUUUCCUUAAGACCCAAAAAUAUAAAGUUGUCACAAUGGAAACUUAUUUCAAGAGGGUCUUUUACUCAGCGGCUGUUAUUGCAGCGUUCCUUGGUUCCUUCAAGUGACGUUGAUAAAUGUUGUCAGAGGUUUAGGUUGAUUGACUUGAACAUGAAAAUAUUCGAUCAUAAGAAACGAAGACAAGCACUAUUAGAUAAAGAAGCAGUAUCGACACAAGUACCCGAUUUGGGUAACUUGAAACCAGCUCCAGGUUCCCAUCAUAGGAAGAAAAGAAUAGGAAGAGGAAUUGCGGCAGGUCAAGGAAAGACUGGUGGAAGAGGUCACCGAGGACAGAAAAGUCGAAGUGGUGAGUCAAUACGACGUGGCUUUGAAGGUGGACAAACACCGCUUCAUCGAAGACUUCCCAAAGUGGUAGGAAGUCCUAUGGGAAAGGGUCAUCAGAAGACAGUUUAUGGUAUUAUCAAAUUGGAAACUCUCAAUCAAUGUGAACCAGGCGAACACGUUACUUUGGAGUCGCUGGUCUCGAAGAAGAGAAUGACCAAGAAUAAGGAGAAACUUGUAAAAGUUCUCGGAGAUGGGGAAUUGAAAGUUUCCGAUUUAACGGUAUAUGCUCACGCCUUUAGUCAAUCGGCAGCUAGAAAGAUUGAAGAAAAGCAAGGAAAAUGUGUUGUGUUAUCUCCAACUCGCGAUUCUAUUUCGACUGAACCAUCAUCCAAUAGCGAAAAUAAUAAAGUAUGAUAGUCUAGUUAUAACUUUUCGGU